AUGUACCUUUCCAUCUGUUGCUGCUUUCUUUUGUGGGCCCCUGCCCUGACACUCAAAAACCUCAACUACUCAGUGCCAGAGGAGCAAGGGGCCGGCACGGUGAUAGGCAACAUCGGCAAGGAUGCCAGACUGCAGCCCGGGCUUCCGCCGGCUGAGCGCGGCAGCGGCAGCGGGAGGAGCAAGUCCGGCAGCUACCGGGUGCUGGAGAACUCCGCACCGCAUCUGCUGGACGUGGACGCCGACAGCGGGCUCCUCUACACCAAACAGCGCAUCGACCGUGAGUCCUUAUGCCGCCACAAUGCCAAGUGCCAGCUAUCCCUAGAGGUGUUCGCUAACGACAAAGAGAUUUGCAUGAUCAAGGUAGAGAUCCAGGACAUCAACGACAACGCUCCCUCUUUCCCUUCGGAUCAGAUAGAAAUGGACAUCUCAGAGAACGCGGCACCCGGCACCCGCUUCCCCCUUACGAGCGCACACGACCCAGACGCUGGCGAGAACGGACUCCGCACCUAUCUGCUCACCCGCGAUGAUCAUGGCCUCUUUGCACUGGACGUCAAGUCCCGCGGCGACGGCACCAAGUUCCCAGAGCUGGUCAUCCAAAAGGCGUUGGACCGCGAGCUGCAGAACCACCACACUCUGGUGCUGACAGCCCUGGAUGGCGGUGAGCCUCCACGCUCCGCCACCGUGCAGAUCAAUGUGAAGGUGAUCGAUUCCAAUGACAACAGUCCAGUCUUCGAGGCUCCAUCAUACUUGGUGGAGCUGCCCGAGAACGCUCCACUAGGUACCGUGGUCAUUGAUCUGAACGCCACCGAUGCUGAUGAAGGUCCCAACGGAGAAGUCCUUUACUCCUUCAGCAGCUAUGUGCCCGACCGCGUGCGGGAGCUCUUCUCCAUUGAUCCUAAAACUGGCCUGAUUCGCGUUAAGGGCAACCUGGACUAUGAGGAGAACGGCAUGUUGGAGAUCGACGUGCAGGCCAGAGACCUAGGACCUAACCCCAUCCCAGCCCACUGCAAGGUCACAGUCAAGCUUAUCGACCGCAACGAUAACGCGCCGUCCAUUGGUUUCGUCUCCGUGCGCCAGGGGGCGCUGAGUGAGGCCGCCCCGCCUGGCACAGUCAUCGCCCUAGUUCGGGUCACUGACCGGGACUCAGGCAAGAAUGGGCAGCUUCAGUGUCGGGUUCUAGGUGGAGGAGGAACUGGAGGAGGAGGUGGCCUCGGGGGUCCCGGUUCCGUCCCCUUCAAGCUUGAAGAGAACUAUGAUAACUUCUACACCGUGGUGACUGACCGUCCGCUGGACCGAGAGACACAAGACGAGUACAAUGUGACAAUUGUGGCCCGGGACGGGGGCUCCCCUCCACUCAACUCCACCAAGUCGUUCGCUGUCAAGAUUCUGGAUGAGAAUGACAACCCGCCUCGGUUCACCAAAGGACUGUACGUGCUCCAAGUCCAUGAGAACAACAUCCCAGGAGAAUACCUCGGGUCAGUGCUCGCCCAGGAUCCCGACCUGGGCCAAAAUGGGACAGUGUCAUACUCCAUUCUCCCCUCACACAUCGGUGACGUGUCCAUUUACACCUAUGUGUCCGUGAACCCCACUAACGGGGCCAUCUAUGCCCUGCGCUCCUUUAACUAUGAACAGACGAAGGCUUUUGAAUUCAAGGUGCUGGCUAAGGACUCGGGGGCGCCAGCGCACUUGGAGAGCAACGCCACGGUGAGGGUGACAGUGUUAGACGUGAAUGACAACGCUCCAGUGAUUGUGCUUCCCACUCUACAGAACGACACAGCCGAGCUGCAGGUCCCGCGCAACGCUGGCCUGGGGUACCUGGUAAGCACCGUGCGCGCCCUGGACAGCGACUUUGGAGAGAGCGGGCGCCUCACCUAUGAGAUCGUGGAUGGCAACGAUGACCACCUGUUUGAGAUCGAUCCGUCCAGCGGCGAGAUCCGCACGCUGCACCCCUUCUGGGAGGAUGUGACCCCCGUGGUGGAGCUUGUGGUGAAGGUGACCGAUCAUGGCAAGCCCACCCUGUCCGCCGUGGCCAAACUUAUCAUUCGCUCAGUGAGCGGUUCCCUGCCUGAAGGGGUACCGCGAGUGAAUGGUGAGCAGCACCACUGGGACAUGUCGCUGCCUCUCAUAGUGACACUGAGCACGAUUUCUAUCAUCCUCCUAGCGGCCAUGAUCACCAUCGCUGUCAAGUGUAAACGGGAAAACAAGGAGAUUCGCACUUACAACUGCCGCAUCGCUGAGUACAGCCACCCUCAGCUUGGCGGGGGGAAGGGCAAGAAGAAGAAAAUCAACAAAAACGAUAUCAUGCUGGUGCAGAGCGAGGUGGAGGAGAGGAACGCCAUGAACGUCAUGAAUGUGGUGAGCAGUCCCUCCCUGGCCACCUCCCCUAUGUACUUCGACUACCAAACCCGCCUGCCCCUCAGCUCGCCCCGGUCAGAGGUGAUGUAUCUUAAGCCAGCCUCCAACAACCUGACUGUCCCGCAGGGGCACGCAGGCUGCCACACCAGCUUCACCGGACAAGGGACUAAUUCGAGCGAGACCCCUGCCACUCGGAUGUCCAUAAUUCAGACAGACAAUUUUCCCGCAGAGCCCAAUUACAUGGGCAGCAGGCAGCAGUUUGUUCAAAGUAGCUCCACGUUUAAGGACCCAGAAAGAGCCAGCCUGAGAGACAGUGGGCACGGGGACAGCGAUCAGGCGGACAGUGACCAAGACACUAACAAAGGCUCCUGCUGUGACAUGUCUGUUAGGGAGGCACUCAAGAUGAAAACUACUUCAACUAAAAGUCAACCACUUGAACAAGAACCAGAAGAGUGCAUUAAUUGCACAGAUGAAUGCCGAGUGCUUGGUCAUUCUGAUAGGUGUUGGAUGCCACAGUUCCCUGCAGCCAAUCAGGCUGAAAAUGCAGAUUACCGCACAAAUCUCUUUGUACCCACAGUUGAAGCUAACGUUGAGACUGAGACUUACGAAACUGUGAAUCCCACUGGGAAAAAGACUUUUUGUACAUUUGGAAAAGACAAGCGAGAGCACACUAUUCUCAUUGCCAAUGUGAAACCUUAUUUAAAAGCCAAACGUGCCCUGAGCCCUCUCCUCCAAGAGGUCCCCUCAGCAUCUAGCAGCCCAACCAAGGCAUGCAUUGAGCCUUGCGCCUCAACAAAAGGCUCCCUAGAUGGCUGUGAAGCAAAACAGGGGGCCUUAGCAGAAGCAAGCAGCUCCUACCUGCCCACUGACAGUCAGUAUCCGUCACCCAGUAAGCAACCAAGAGACCCUUCCUUCAUGGCUUCUGAGCAGAUGGCAAGGGUCUUUGCGGAUGUGCAUUCCAGAGCCAGUAGGGAUUCCAGCGAGAUGGGAGGUGUGCUGGAGCAGCUUGAUCACCCCAACAGAGAUCUGGGCAGAGAGUCUGUGGAUGCCGAAGAAGUUGUGAGAGAGAUUGAUAAGCUGUUGCAGGACUGCCGGGGAAAUGACCCUGUCGCUGUGAGAAAGUGAGGGGGAAAGGCAUUGGUGUUUCCUUGUCUCUUCUGUUGAUUUGAAAAUGAUCAUUCCCGGUGAAAACCCAUUUUACAGGGAUGGCAAAGGACCAGUGCUGCUUUAAGGCUUUUAGUGAACAUCUGAAGUGCCCACAAGUAUGUUCUUUUCACUGCUGUUUCUUUUACAGAAAUAACAAUGGUUUUGACCAAACUUAUAUUAGGACAGAAUUAAUGAUGCUUAAGGAGAAAGGAGAAAAGAGAGGGAAAGAGAGAGAGAGAGAGAGAGAGAGAGAGAGAGAGAGAGAGAGAGAGAAGAAAUUGGAAAGACGAAAAAGGAGGAUGAGACAAGUUACCUUUUGACAAUCUGUUAGGAAGGUACGCAGUGUGAGACUUAACGUAUUUCUGAUCACUCUAAGACUGUCCUCCCACGAGAUCGAUGCUGACUUAACUGUUUACCUAUAAACCCAUACAAAGCAGGGUCAUAUUUGUUAUCUGUGGUGGACUACUAGCUGACAUCACAGGCUUCUACUGAAAGUCCCGAAACGACCUUGCAGUAGUCCAAGCUACACCAAACAUUAACACAUAUUUGUGGUAAACAUUUCUGUAUAAAGUACCUGCCAAGCAUAGAAACACAAAGACCAUUCCAUACCAUUAGUCAGAAAGCAAAAGAAAAAAAUAUGUAAUAAUAACAAAACAGAAAAAAAAGAUAAAACAACAAAAACCCUUGGUCAUUUGUAAGACACCUCAUGUCAUAUAAAAGUUCAAUGUAAAAAGAUAUAGUCUGUGUUGUCCUGACACAUGUAGACCUGUUCACUUCAUUAAAGAAGAAAAUUUUGAAAAUUUAAAAAUGUCUAUUUAGCAUUUUAGUGUCCAACAAAGAUAUAAAUAACAGUGGGUUUGCUUUACAUUUGAACAGUUCUGAAUUAUGGGUUAUCUUUGAGUAGUAAUACUGUGAGGAAAUUAACAUAACUAAAAUGUUUUACUCAUUUUUGGACACUAAAAUAGCUCAGGAAAGUGAAAAAAAUGUCUUAGGCAUAACAAAUCAUAUGAUCAUUUAAAUGUGCAGAUGUAAGAAGAUUCAAUGUGUUUACAUCAAAUGACAUAUUUUUAUUGAUUUAUUGCAGAUUCCGUGCAUAUGAGCCAAAUUGUUGAGUGUAUAAGAGCUAUAUUGUGUAUUUUAUUAAAUUAAUAUAUAGUUGUGUUGCAAAAAUAUUUGGGCUUAUAUUGUAAAUGGCAAGUGUUGCCUCGGUAGCUGUCGAACUCUAUGAGUUUUGUUUUUUCCUGCUUCCUUUUCCCCAUGGAGCGUGGGGAGCAGGGCCUCAGAGCAAAGUCUCUCGUUUAAUGUAUAGUCUACCAAGUAUACAGUACACAAUUCUGUUCAAAAUGUGUUUGAGUGAGCUGAUGGAGCUAACUGAAAGGUCAGAAAAAUACAUCUGUCAGUCAUAGUUCUGUGCAAGUCCUUGUAGAAAGCUUUGAUUAAAGUCAUGCUAAAUCACAAGAAUUACAUUUGUACCAAUACUUGGAAGUUCCCCCACACCCCUUUUUUUCAAUAACAUGAAGCUUGUGCCUAUGUAGAUAUCAUAACAUUGGUUGGUUCUCAAAGUAUCUUCAGUGGUUCAGGUGUGUGUGUACACAUCAUAUUUGUAAUCAUACGAAAUUUUCUAAUGCAUGUGUAGUACCAAUGCUGAUUACAUGCAUUGUGUACUGUGUGUUUCAAGAGGUCUGGGUCUUUAAACAAAAUGUGUUUUCCUUUAGCCCCGUGCUCUUCUGCCUGCUUUUAUUCAUGUUCUUUGAGAACAAUACCUAUUAUUCCAUCAUUGGGUUGCACCUUUUCUUGUGACAUUUAGCAAGUUUCCAACUUACUUCCUUAUGAGGCUAAGGCAACUCUAAUUUCAGGAAUUGGGAAAAAUAAAAUUAGCAUUCACAGAAGUAGUAGCAGAUGGGGAAAUGCCUUGAUUGACAUUUUCCUUCAGCAUUUAAAAUUUUUUUUUGGCAUUUAACAGCUUCAUGGCAAACAGUUUGAGCCCAUACCUAGGAAAAUGUGGUGUUCAGUUAAAUAAAGGCUGUUUGUGCUCUGGAGCAGGGAAAAAUUAUUAUUUGCAAACUGGGAGGGAUUUCUGUGCCUUCUUUUCUGGCCACCAAGCCAGUGUAGAAACAGUAUAAAUGUCAAAAAAAAUAAGAAGAAACUUAUACUAAAAACAAAUGGAAAAGCAAAACAAACUUUGAACUAAAUUAAGUUUUAUAAUUAAUAAAAACCUGCUGGAAAUAUUUCCAUCAUUUCAGGAAAGUUUUAGAUUGUACCCCACUCACAAUUGCUUUGGGGUUAAGAAUGGAUGACUCCCCUUGGCCUUAUUUUCUUGAGAACUGCAUUGGGUUCUUGGCACAAGCCUUUCCACAUCUCGACUCCUGCUUUUUGUUAUCCGUCCAUGUUUAAAUUAGAAAAGAGGAGAUCUUGUACAUGCAAAACCCAACUGACAUUGAUAUUUUGGACCACUUAUGUAUCUACAAUGUUUGUCUCUCUUCUCUGAUGUUACUUUUACCAGGAGACUACAAAUUUAUUUAGCUUUAUAGAUAGUUGACAGUUGCUGAAAACUGUUUCCAUUUAAUCAUUCUGAGCUUUGCCUCUCUCUCACUAUUCAGAUAACCACUUUAGUGACAUCUAAAGCAGUGUGCAAAUAAAUUCAACACAAACAAUAGUUCUAAGUAACCAGCUGUUCAAUGUAUUGUUAAGCAUCUGAAACACUGAAACACUACACGAGUCUCAGAAUUGCUUAUGCCAACAUGUGAGGGAUUGACUCUAAGCUGUCACCAGUGAUCUGCUAGUGUUAGCUGUUUAAUACAUUACUUGUACUUAGUAGUGAUUAUUUAUUUACAAGUUGGUGGUAGUUCAAGUCAGGACUCUGAGCUUUUAUUGUUGAGGGAAUCUUGUUUUUAUUCAUCUCCCUGGGACCUGCCUUUAACACAGAACUCUGGUGCUUGGCUUCCAAGGAAGCCUUUGCGAUGCCAAAAUCAUACAUUUAGGGAAACAAUGGCUGUGGUGGAUAGUACAUAACUGGGGAGAGUUGAGGUGGUUUCUGAAUUUAAAAUGCUUUACAGACACACACACACACACACACACACACACACACACACACACACACAAUGAAAAACAAAGUCCUUUAAUUCUUUAGAGUUAUUUAAGCAGAGGAAAACUGUCCAUUUUGGGAAAUUUUAGUAAAAGACACAAAAUGCAAAAAAAAAAAAAUGGAAAAAAGAAUGCAUAAUGGUGAACUAAAGACAAAACAUUAGUAAUGAAAUAUUUUCCCCAUUUGUUAAUGAUGAAAAUAUUUUCUUUAAAAUUCAGCAUAGUAAGAAUCACUGUUAUGCUAUAUCAAAGUAAACACUGAAGAGGCAUAUAUAAUCUCAAAGAAGGUUGUCACAUUGUUUCUUUACCAGACAAACUUCUCCUUAUGGCAAACAACACAAAAAACUAGACCAAUCAAUUCAUGGAAUUACUGGGAGAGAAAUUGAUUGUUGCUUUCCUGAAAUUACCUAGGCUCUUGUAAAACAUGACUUUCCUUUUAAGGAUGUAGGCACUGCUCAAAUUAAAAAAAAAAAAGACACCAUAAAAAAUAGUCAUGUAGUAAUGAGCAGUAUACUUUAUGAGAACCAGGUUAAAAGCUGUUUGUUGUCUAAUGGAGUGGAAGCUGCUGGGGUCAUCAAAUAGCCAAGGACUGGCAUACUAUAUGACUACUCAUUAUUGUCUAAUUAUAUUCUUUUGACAAGAGGCAGCAUUUACCAGAGCAUUAAUUCUAUGUGAGUUUUGGCUAUCAAGAUGUGUUGAUUUGAAACAUAAUUGAAUGAGGCCUGAUUAAAGUCUGACUCUCCUGGCCCCAGUGUUUUCUGCAGGUUAGCUAUGUGCAUUUAUCGGUCCCAUCAUUUCAUAAGGUUCUUCGCUGCACCAAGUGAUUGGUGAACAAAGACGACGACGACAACAAAAGCAGCAUACGUUGUAUGGAUUUAUCUCAACGCUAUUGUUUAAUGGCUGUGUUUCAUGUGACCUGUCUGGAAAAUGAGGACUCCGAAUAAAAGCUAUUACUAAUA